GCCGGCGGGGAUGAGUGGCGGAGCGAGCGAGGCCCCUGCGGGCUGCGAGGCCCCGGCGGGCGGCGGCAAGAAGAGGGAGUGGCCGGGCAGUGCGGGCUCCUCGGCGCGCCUCAUCGUCAAGGAUCUUGGAGAAAUUCAUUCAAGGCUUUUGGAUCACAGACCAGUUAUUCAAGGGGAAACUCGUUAUUUUGUGAAGGAAUUUGAAGAAAAGCGUGGUCUUCGAGAACUGCGUGUUCUUGAAAAUCUGAAGACUAUGAUCCAGGAAACCAGUGAGCACACCCUCCCCACGUGUGGAGAAACCCUGGAGGACAGCCUGAAGGAGGUGCUCCAGAGACUGCGAGCUGCCAACGAGUCGGCGCGCCGGCUGCUGCAGCAGGAACAGGAGCGGAGACAGGUGUACAAUGACCAUUUGACAGCGAGCGAGAAGCAGCGCCUGCUCCAGUGGGAGGAGAUCGUGAGAGAUCAGCCCCGGCAGCGGGCCGCAGUGGACGACGAGCAUGCGCGAGCCUUGCAGAGGCUCAGAGAGCAGUAUGCCGAGAUGGAGAAGGACCUGGCAAAGUUCACCACGUUUUAAGAACUUGAUCUCCAGCAAGGAUGGAUAAGUGAGACAGCAUUGACUUUUUCCAGAAUGCUCCCACCAGUCAUCCAGCCUCUGCUUCACGUUUAGCAAUUUACUCAGGACACUCUUAGGUCACCAGAGAGAAACUGCUAGAACCCGAUUACAGUUCGGGAGAAGAAUGCUUUAAGUGCCUCCAUGUGAUCCUGUGGGGAGGAGGAGAAACGGAACAGCAUUUCUUUUCAGUCAUUAGCUUGCAGAGCUGCAGGUCUACACUGCUGCAGAGAGUUGAGUUCAUUCCACGCAGGGUUCACAUAGCUUCUCAUUGUGGCUUUGCAGGUGGAGCCAUGGCCGUCUUUCCCAGCUCCCUGGUAAGAGUGGACAGCCUCUCCUGUGACAGAGAUGGCUGUGGUAGUCUUUGAACAGCCUGCGGGAUGUUGCAGAGCAUUACAGUGUCAUGUGGCCUCCAGCCUUGAAUAUUUUUAUCUCCAAAACAUGCUUAGGAGAAACCUCUUACCAAAAAUAUAUUGUGACUGUCAGCCUAAGAGUCAUCAUCUCAUCCAUAGUAUUUGCCUUGUUCUUGUGGCUGUUUUGCCGUGGGUGUGCUUUCUAGGGUAGAUAACGUCUGUACAUGUUUCAGCUGCUUAACGAGUCAUCAGCCCUCUGCCAAGAAGUCCCUCUAGAGCCACAUAAAGACUGGCUCAGAACAAACCAGAAGUGUUUGUCUACAUGGCAGAUGACCCGUGUUCGAGUACACCCCUCAGUGUUGCCGUCUGUUCUCACAGGUCUGUACAUCAAGACCAAGCACACUCUGUCUGUCACACUGUCAUCUUUAUAGGACUGCACUUAACGACUGAAUUAAAGAGCCAGGUCGAUUUUUUUUUUUUGAUAUAAAGUAAACAAAAGCACAUGUAUUAAUUUGAGGAGAUACGUGGCAAGUGAGUUUGAGGUAUGGGUUAGCCUUGCUGUGUGUUCUGUUGCCCUCAGUAAAGAAAGGCAAGAAAACAGCAGCUCUCCUGUGCUAUCUGAGAGCCGCCCCUGUAGGAAGCACAAAGCCUGCCUCUGUGAGCAGACGGCUCACUGUCGGGCUUCGUUCUUGCUGCUUGUUGAAAAUGGGAUUAAAGUGAACAGAGGAGAUGAAA